AUGGAUCCCGCACGUAAAGCUAUGAUCACAGGGCGAAGAUCCCCUACCCGCCGAGACGUGACCUCCCCUCGACACGAUCCUACCAACCGAAUCAGCAAAUCAACCAAACCAACUGGUUCCAAAAUCAACCCGAAGUACUUGACCCAAGACGAGCAAUCCCGACAAUUCGUUGCCGAUGAGGACAAGUUCGUACUUAAACAGUCCAAGAAGAAGGCCAAUAUUCGAAUUCGAGAAGGCCGCGCGAAGCCUAUUGAUUACCUUGCUUUCAACCUGAGAUUUAUCGAUACCGACCGCGACGUAUUCGACGACGACGAUGUCGAUGCCGAUAUCGAUAUUCCUGCACCUGGAGAUGUUAUCGCAUCGCUAGACGGAGAACAGACAACAGAGCUAGACUCUGAAAUUGCAUCCUAUCACGUGCUUGAAACCAAUGCGACCAACCGCGAAUACUGGAAAGCGCUUCAAACCCUCUGUGCAGACAGAAAGGCAAAAUUAGACCCGCACGGCCAUGAGAGAAGGGUUGUGAGCAGUGUUUCAGACGACAUUGAUAAGAUUCUCGCCCCUAAGACGCAUGACCAGUUGGAAGCCCUGGAAAAGCAGAUCAAGGCCAAACUACAGUCCAACGAGGAUAUCGACACGGAUUACUGGGAACAGCUGCUUCGAAGCCUCCGAGUGUGGAAAGCUCGUGCCAAGCUGAGCCAGGUAUACGAGACAAUCAAGGAGAUUCGUGUCAGCCAACUGAGGGAAUGUGACCCAGCCAAGGCCAAGGCAUUGGGCCAGUCGACUUCUGCCCCCAAGGUGACAUUUGGUUCGCAGUCAGUAGCAUCAGCCUCAGCUUCAUCGGACGAAAAGGCGAUGCAGGCACCAGUUUCAUCCUCAAGCCAUGUGGACAGAUCCGCCCCUCCUGGCACUGAGCGCUUUUCUCAGGCCGACAAUGAGGACUUUUCUCAGGCUACCAAAGCACUGUAUGAUCGUGAAGUUGCUCGAGGUGUUGAUGAGAACGAGGAGAUCUUCACAAGCGAGGAGACCGUCACCUCUACCAAGCCGCAGUGGGCGGAUAAGUACAGGCCUAGGAAACCACGUUAUUUCAACCGUGUGCAGAUGGGAUAUGAUUGGAACAAGUAUAACCAGACUCAUUAUGAUCACGAUAAUCCACCACCCAAGGUUGUCCAGGGCUACAAGUUCAACAUAUUUUAUCCUGAGCUCAUCGACAAGACAAAGGCACCAACGUUCAAGAUCAUUCGAGAGCAUGGCCGCAGACGUGGGGAGUCGUUUGCUGCUGCUGGCGAGGAGGACACGUGCCUAAUUCGGUUCAUUGCAGGCCCCCCAUACGAGGAUAUUGCGUUUCGCAUUGUCGAUCGAGAGUGGGAUUACAGCGCCAAGAAAGAUCGAGGCUUCAAAAGCUCCUUUGACAAGGGUAUCUUGCAGCUGCACUUCCAGUUCAAAAAGAUCUAUUACCGGAAGUAG